AUGGAUUCUACCAAUCCCUAUAGCCGGACCUCAAAUUUUGUUGACCUCUUGAACAUUCAACAAGAUAGUUUGUUUCCUGAACCCCUUCCUUAUCAUUUUUUUCCACAUGGUGGAGACCUCGGAUCAUCACAACGCCCUGUCUUUACCCAAUCUACUGAAACCUCCAGCUUCUGUGAGGACUCGCCUUCAUCAUUCAGAGGAAGAAAGAAGUGGAGUCCCACAGAUGAUGUAGUCCUCAUCAGCGCAUGGCUCAACACGAGCAAGGACCCUGUUGUAGGCAAUGAACAGAAAGCAGGCGCUUUCUGGCAACGCAUUUCAGCUUACUUUGAAGCUAGUCCUAAGGUGGAAAGGGGUGAAAAGAGAGAGCCAGUCCAGUGUAAGCAAAGGUGGCAGAAGCUUAACGAUCUUGUCUGCAAGUUCUGUGGAUCCUAUGAGGCUGCAACCAGACAGAAUACAAGUGGUCAGAGUGAGAGUGAUGUGAAAAUGGCACACGAGAUCUUCUACAACUAUCAUAAGAAAAAAUUCAACCUCCACCACGCUUGGGAAGAGCUUCGCCAUGACCAGAAGUGGUGUGAAUUUGCUACUACUAAGAUGGAGGGAAGCACUAAGAAGAGAAGAUGUGAGGAUGGAGCAGAAUCAUCAAGCUCUCAAGCAACUACCAAACUAGGUGAUCAACCAACCAAACGGCCUCCUGGCGUGAAGGCAGCGAAAGCAGCAAGUGGUAAGAGAGCUAUAGUCGAUCACGAGGCUGUCUCUGAGUUUCAGACCAUGUGGUCUAUUAAGGAGAAGGACUUGGCGGUGAAAGAGAGACUUUCUAAGAUGGGUCUGCUUGAGAGACUCAUAGGAAAAAAAGAGCCUCUUUCUGAAGUUGAAGAAGCUCUGAAGGACAAGCUAAUUACCGAGAUGUUGAUCCCAUGUGUGCUCUAUGUGUUUCUUGUCUAUGUUUUGUGUCAUGUUUCGAUUCUCAUGAAGAUCGUUGCUUUGUUGAUCGUUGCACUGGAAGAGGAAGAUGGAGCUAAAGUAGUGAGAGUUGAAGUCACGAGAGUCACGAGUCUAAGCAUGUGA